AUGUUCAUGUUUUCAAAAAAAGCCGGUAUUGACCACUCUAUUAGUAAUAGCAAUGCAACAGAUGGAACUUCCUUUCAAAGCUCAGAAAUAUCUCUACCUCGUGUCGUUCGUUUCUGGAUUCUUAUUCUACUCGAUGUUCCAUCUGUGGCAUGCACAUUUUUUCUACUCUUUCAUUUGAUUGUUAAUCGUGCAUUACGACGUGAAAUAAAUAAUCAUACCAUCACUAUUCUACUCAUAUUCGGACUACCUAGUCAACUCAUUGAUAUUACAUUAUAUCUUACGUUUAUUACUCAUGGAGGCAUAGUCACUCCAACGAGACCUGCGACAUGUCUUAUUUGGUGGCUCGCUACAUUUGGGUUCUAUAAUGGCGGUACAAUUUUAAUGGCUUGGGCUGCUAUCGAGCGAUAUAUAUUAGUGUACCAUGAUCGAUUGGUUUCGACUAGUCAUAAACGUUUGCUUGUGCAUUAUCUUCCUUUGCUCAUUAUUAUUUUUUAUGCGGGCAUCUUCUAUGGUAUUGUUAUUUUCGCACCACCAUGCGAGAACAUCUAUGACUACAAACUACCAAUAUGUAGUGCGUACCCAUGCUAUCAGUCUAAUAGUAUGCUUGGCAAGUGGGAUUUUGGUGUCAAUAAUAUUGCACCUACUGUAGCUGUUGCGGUUUUUAGUAUAUUGCUUCUAGUUCGUGUUUCAUUGUUGAAACGUCGUCUUCACCAACGAACACGAUGGCGUAAGCAACGUCGAAUGAUGAUACAACUAUUAUCAAUCUCGAGUUUAAAUUUAACUUUCAACCUGCCGCUGAACAUUCUCGCUUUAGCUCAUGUAUGUGGUCUACCAAGCAAUGUUGGAUUUGAAGCAGAACAGUACUUUUAUUUUUCAUGUUAUUUUCUAGUAUUAUCCUUCCCUUUCGUUUGUUUAUACCAAUAUCCUGAUUUGCACCACAAACUGUUUUGGCGACGAAAAAAACGAUCAGCUACGGUUAGACCUUCGAAUGCAGUCGUAAAUACGCGGAAAUGUGCUGCUGUUUAA